CGGGCUGUCCGGGUCUGGAGAGGGCGGGUAAGUUCCUGUGGGGACCCACGUCGCGCGAGGCUCCGAGUGAAGACUCUGCAUGCUGCAGUAGUGUCCUGAGCGGAGGUCGGCGGCGAUCACAAGGCCAGACUCGGAGGAAAUCUUCUGGAACCGCCGAGUCCGUGGGGCAAGGGCCGCGCCUGACCUCUGGGGGCCGCAGAUGGCAUCUGUCAAAAGGAAAUAGAUCAUGGCAGCAGAUGAUGACAAUGGUGAUGGAGCCAAUUUAUUUGACGUCCUUUCCGCUUCUCCUCUGAAAAAUAAUGAUGAAGGCUCCUUGGACAUAUAUGCUGGGCUGGACAGUGCUAUUUCUGAUAGUACCUCUAAGUCCAGUGUGUCAUUCAGAAACUGUUUGGACUUAUAUGAAGAGAUCCUGACCGAAGAAGGAACCGCAAAGGAGGCAACAUAUAAUGAUUUGCAGGUAGAAUAUGGAAAAUGUCAGCUGCAAAUGAAAGAGUUAAUGAAGAAGUUUAAGGAAAUACAGACACAGAAUUUCAGCUUAAAAAAUGAAAACCAAUCUCUUAAGAAGAAUAUUUCAGCACUUAUCAAAACUGCUAGAGUGGAAAUAAACCGAAAGGAUGAAGAAAUAAAUAAUCUUCACCAGAGAUUAUCUGAGUUUCCACAUUUUCGAAAUAAUCAUAAAGUCUCAAGGACAUCAGAUGCAGUUAGAACAAAAGAUCUCAGAUCCAGAACUCCCCAUUUGGAUGAUUGUUCCACAUCUGAAAACAAAACUAAAAGUGAUGUUCCUAAAGAUAUACAUCAUAACGCUCUACUGCCAAACUUGGGAAAGGAAGGAAAAUCACAUUCUGAAACACAGAAUGCUUUGCCUACACCUACUGAGAAACAUUGUACCUUCAAUGGUGUUUGGUCACGUUCUGAUCAAGUUGGUGAAGGUAUCUCAAAUGAAGAUAAUAAAAGAGGGAGGAAAGAUACUUCUCACAGCCCAUAUAGCAGAGGAACUGCUGACAGAACCCGAAAAGACUUAAGUAACAACUGUGAACCAAGGAACACUGAGGCUAGUCCAAGGCUACAAAGACGUCCUGAGAAACAUGGUCCUGCUGAACCAAAGGCUGAGAGCAAAAAUUCCAAGUCUAGAAGCAGCACAGAUUCAGAAUAUAAAAGUGAACGUAGUUCUUCUUGGGAGAAAGAGACUUCUAGAGAAAAGUCACAUACUCGAGUUGAAUCUGAAAAUGACAAAAACCUGGAGAGAGAAAGUGAACGAUCACAAAAUAUGAGUAGAAAAGAACUUCAAUCACAGAACAAAGAAGAAAGAAAAGGUGACCCAAAACAUAAAUUACUAGUAAAGGACCAAGAUCAUUGGCGGCAACCUGACCGAACAGUGCUUCCCCAUUCCAAGAAUGAAAUAAAAUCUCAUAAUUCCAGUAAAUACUAUCCAGAAGAGAGAAGAGGAAGGGAAGAUUGUAAAAGAGAGAGAAGUGUAAGCAGUCACAGUUCUCAAGAUGGAAGAUGUUCAUCUUCGUCAAGCCGAACUUACAAGCAUAGCUCCCACAAGGAAGUGGACGCUAUGCACCUUUCCAACACACCUUUCAAGCCAGAAAGACAUAGAACUGAAGAUAAAAGGAAAAGAGAAGAAGAAGAAGAAAAGAGAAAGAGAAAAAACAAAGAAGAAAAUAGGCAUAAGAAAAAUGAUAAAAAAUCACCUACAGAACAUCUGCCAAAGACUUACAAAGAAAUUAAGAAAACCACUACAGAUUUAAAGAGAAAGAAAGAUCCAAAAUGCGAUAAAGGUAAAGCCUUUAAUAAUGCUAUUAAAGGCACAGAAAAUAAGGAGCUUUUAAUGAAUCCUGUGGAUGCUCCAAAUGAAGCAAAAAACAAAGACUUAAAGUUAAGCUUUAUGGAAAAAUUGAACUUAACUCUGUCACCUGCUAAAAAGCAGCCUGUAUCUCAGGAGAAUCAUAAAAUUGCUGAUGUCCCUACGUCCAGUGGCAAAUGUGAGUUAGAGUCCUCAGUGACAUUUGUUCCCUCUGUUAAUAAAGCUGUGUCAGAGGAAACCAAAUCAAAGCUUCUGGAACCAAAGGUUUCUCUUCCAGAAGCAUCUGAACUGAGAAUCAGUGUUCCAGAAAGUGAAGUGGAAGAAGAAAAUAGUUUGUUAGUUAAGUCUGUUGAGAACACUUUGCCUUGUGAAGUACCCAUUUGUGAUACAGAUAUUUCUAUCUCAACAACUGCAGAAGUGAAACGAAGAGAAUCCUUGUGCACAUCAUCAUCAGAAAUGGGAGAGACUGUGGAUGAUACCAAGGCAGCAGCUUCUCUGGUAAUGGAUGUAAAACAGACCAAUACUUCUCAAAACUGUGGUCUGGAAUUGGACAUGAAAAGACAGGAUGGCUUGAAUUUUUGUGGUAUUUCUGAAAGUUUGGAAAUGAAGGUGUCUGUUUCAACAGAAGUGACUGAAACCAGUGACAAUCCUAAGAUACCUUCAGUUGAAGUACUUAGCAGUGUGCCAGUAAACCUUUCAGAAGACAGGAAGCCCAAAUUUGAGCCUUCUCCUGUACGUACUGUGGUUGAGACUAAGUCUUGUCACUUGGAGCCUUGCUUACCAACAGAGGCUCUACCAUCGUCACCACAACAGACUGAGUUAAUGGGCUCCAGAAUAGAAAUUGAGGAAAUAAGCUCUGUAUAUCAUGAUGAUGAGAACUCAGUUUUGAGUAUCGACUUAAGUCACCUGAGACCUAUUCCAGAAAUUAUCAGUCCUCUGAAUAGUCCAGUGAGACCUGUUGCAAAAAUUCUUAGAAUGGAAAGCCCAUCUCAUAUUCCAUUGUAUAAUAAUAGUCAUAAAGAUGUAUUUCCAUCAAAUUCAGAUCAUUCUACCUCCAAGAGUCUGCCUGGUCUCAAUAAAGAGAACCAAAACCCAACUCAAAAAUCUGACAAAUGUACAGAAGUAGAUUCCUGUAAGAAAUCAUUUUUAGAUGAAUUGGAAGAAGGAGAAAUUAGAAGUGACAGUGAAGAAUCUAUACCACAAAAACAUUUUGAAAUAUGUGCCAAACCUAGAGUUUCUGUUGAAUUUCCGAACACUAACAAAUGGAACAAUAGCAAGUGGAAUAAAAGACCCAAUGAACCUAGCAGAUCUUCAAAAUCAAAGAGAAAGGAUAAAACAAUGAGCAUUUCCAGCUUAGAAAAAAUAAUUCCAAUUAUUACUGUACCAUCUUCUGUUUGGGAGAUUAUGCAUAUGCUACGAAUGAUAGGAAAACAUGUAAGGAAAAGUUACAUGAAAUUCAAGGUAAAAUUUUCAUUGAUACAGUUUCAAAGGAUUAUUGAGUCAGCAGCUUUGAGGUUUACAUCAUUAAUUAAAUACCUUGAUUUUUCCAAGAUCUCUAAAUCAGUAACUACUUUACAGAAGAACCUCUGUGAUGUUAUUGAAUCUAACCUUAAGCAAGUUAAGAAGAAUGGCAUAGUUGAUCGUUUAUUUGAACAGCAACUACCAGAUAUGAAAAAGAAACUGUGGAAAUUUGUAGAUGAACAACUUGAUUAUUUAUUUGAAAAGCUUAAGAAAAUUUUAGUAAAAUUUUGUGAUUCCAUAAACUUUGGAAGUGACAGUAAUGGAGGAAAGCUUGCUAAAAAGUAUAAAGAGAGAACACAAUAUUCAUAUUGUCAGAAGAGGAAUAAGGACAAUUUCAACAAAGAAAUUCAGAGGGAAAAAUUGUCAAAAUCAGAAGACUCUGUGAAUUUUAAGUCUCUACUGGAAUGUAAAAAGUCUGAAGAAAAACAUCCAACCCAAAAUAACACUGACACAGUGAAGCCUGACAGUAAAAGAAAUGUUAACACCUGCUUUGAAAGCAUGAAGAACCCUGAAUCUGAAGAGCACUCUUUGGAACUAAGCUGUCCUAGCACUCCCAAACCAGCCAAAAGUGAAAGCAACACCAUUGAGGAUAUACCAGUAUCUCAACACACAGGGUUGAAGCCAGAGCGUAGUUUUGAGAUCCUCACUGAACAGCAAGCAUCUAGCCUCACUUUUAAUUUAGUGAGUGAUGCACAGAUGGGUGAAAUAUUUAAAAGUUUGUUACAAGGUUCUGAUCUUUUGGACAACAGUGUUAACUGUAUUGAAAAAACUGAGUGGGAAUUAAAGACUCCAGAGAAACAGCUGCUAGAGAGUCUUAAGUGUGAAUCUAUUCCAGCUUGUACAACAGAAGAGCUUGUUUCUGGAGUAGCUUCUCCAUGUCCAAAAAUGAUUGGUGAUGACAAUUGGUCCUUAUCAUCUGAAAAAGGUCCUUCUCUGUCUUCAGGGCUUUCAUUGCCAGUGCAUCCUGAUGUGUUAGAUGAAAGUUGUAUGUUUGAAGUUUCUGCUAACAUGGGUUUAGCUAAAGAUAAUGUAUGCACUUCAGAAAAGAGCAAACCCUACAUUUCUUCCAUACUCUUUGAAGAUCUCGCAGUGUCUUUGACUGUACCAUCACCACUGAAGUCAGAUGGUCAUCUGAGUUUCCUAAAGCCUGAAGUUUUGUCAAGUUCUACUCCUGAAGAAGUUAUUAGUGCACAUUUUAGUGAAGAUGCCUUACUUGAAGAAGAGGAUGCAUCUGAACAAGAUAUUCAUUUAGCUCUGGAGUCUGAUAACUCAAGCAGUAAGUCAAGUUGUUCGUCAUCGUGGACAAGCCGAUCUGUUGCUCCAGGCUUUCAGUACCACCCUAAUCUACCCAUGCAUGCUGUCAUAAUGGAAAAGUCCAAUGAUCAUUUCAUUGUGAAAAUACGGCGUGCAGCACCAUCUACCUCUCCUGGUCUUGAACAUAGUAUGGUUGUUAAUGGGUCAUUGACAUCUUUGCCCAAAGUUGGAAAGGAAGCUGAUGAAGUAGCAGAGAAAGAAUAUGUUUCAUGUCAGAACACGGUUUUGAAAUCUGUAGAGGAAUUGGAAAAUUUUGACACAAAUGUUGAUAGCAACAAAUCAACUCAUGGACAGAACUCUGUGAUACAAACUCAGGCUCCACCAAUAUAUGAAUUUCUUAAAGAUGCUUCAGGUAAAGAGAGCCACAGUGUUGAAGUGGCUGAUGAUUGUUUUAAGUUGCACCAAGUAUGGGAGCCAAGAGUUCCUGAAAGCCUUGAAGAAUUGACUUCAAUGGAAAAAAUCCCACACUCUGUUGAGGAUCAUCUUCCUGACACAUACAUAGAUCUAACAAAAGAUCCGGUGUCUGAGACCAAAAACUUGGGAGAAAUCGUAGAAGUAGCAGUUUUAAAUGUUGAUCAGUUUGGUUGUUCUGGAAGCAAAUUAGAUCAAGGCACUCAAAUACUGGGUAAUUCUUCACAGUCUGAUACUAUUAAUGCUUUUAUUGAUUUGACACAAGAUGCUUCAAAUGACAGUAAAAAUGAAGGUAAUGACACCACACUAGCUGUUGAAGGUUUAGAGUGUCAAGUGAUAUGUGUGGAUGAGGAUAACUGUAAGGAAGAAAAGUUGCAAAUGAAAAACAAGCCUGUGGAAUGCAUUGUUCAGGAAACUUGUAUUGAUUUGACCCCAGAGUCUGAUUCAUGUGAUGUAAAUAAGGGUGAUUUAAAACCAGAUUCAUGUGAAGUAAAUAAGGAUGAUUUAAAAUUGACGCCACCACCAAAUUCUGAUAGUUUGGAGUUACCUGGGACUUUGGAUAAUGCUCACAAAAAAAGAAAAAACUAUUCUGAUGUAAAUCAUUCUCAGAAAAAACAAAAAAGGGAAAGAGACUUAACUAAUGGAGAAAAGUCUAAGAAACUUAACCAAGAUUGUGAUAAAAAUGACAACGUUCAACAAAAGAAAAGCAAUAAGAAAAGGACUCUUACAUUGAAUAAAGAUCUCUCAUCAAGCCCGGGGAUUAAUGAUUCAUCAGCGGUACUUGCCACUUUGCCAGCUAGCCUUUCUGCAAAAAAUGUUAUUAAAAAGAAGGGAGAAAUUAUAGUUUCGUGGACAAGAAAUGAUGACCGGGAAAUUUUACUAGAGUGUCAGAAAAGAAUGCCAUCACUGAAGACCUUCACAUAUUUGGCAAUCAAGUUGAAUAAAAAUCCAAAUCAGGUUUCAGAGAGAUUCCAGCAGCUAAAGAAACUCUUUGAGAAGUCAAAAUGCAGAUAAGUUGCUGAAUUCCUUGGAAUUUUCAUUGGUUACUUCAUACUACACAGAAACUUUGAUUCCUCGUGUUUUAAAUGGGGAACUAAUGGAGAUUUUGUCUCAUUUUUUAUUACAAGAAGAUAAUCUAUAUUUGUUAUUGCUUCUGGACUUUCUAAUAUCAGCUCAGCAUGUUCAGCCUGUUAUAGUUAUGGGUCUGAUUUUCUUGUUCUUGGUCAAAAUAUUUAUUUUUAAACAUAUUAGAAGUUACCCAAAUGAAGACAACAAUAAUGUAAUAUUAAACCCUUUUGAUAUUUCAAUGAAAUGACUUCUAGAUUUUUUUAAAAAUAGUUUUGUAGGAUUUUAAACUUAUAUUUAGUUCAAGUUUUCAUUUUUAGUUUUUAUGACUGCUCUUUUUUGGUAAACUGAAAAAUAAUUUAAAUAGUCUACCUGUA